AUGCCAUUGCUUAUGUCACGAAGCAAGUCGCCCGAAGGGGCAGCAGGCGAGCCUUCGUCUUCGGGAGCCUCGUUCCGAUCGCGAUCCAGCGCCUCCUCGUCUUCGUCGUACAGAUCCAACGGGGGAAGGUCCUCGCAGAAAGCAGCCGAGCUUCGAGCACGCUAUGAGAUGGCGCAGGCGAUCCAGAAGCCUUGGCCGCUGCAUUUGCUCGAGAACGGCGUCAAACCCAACACUUCCGGUGGUGCGCCGAUUGGCGGAUCGCAGCGAGCUACACGCUCAUCUGCGCCAAAGAGCACUUCAACGUCAGCUUCGACAUGCUCGUCGUCUUCCUCGAGACGCGAACGAGCGGGUGUCGCCGCUAAACACACGGAGCUGUCCAGUCUAGACAUGGACGCAGCUUCACGAUCGUCCAAGAAGAAGCGCAACUCCUCGACCUCACUCGACAGGCUCUCGUUGUCGCCCACGCUCAGCAACUGGAUCCGAAGGGCAAGCAGGGACUCGGACAAGAGCUCCUCCGGCAGCGCCGACACCACAACUUCUCCCUCUUCGUCCCAUACUUCGCCCAUGCACUCUCCGAAGGAUCUCUAG